AUGCCAUCGACCAAGCUCAUCCUCCUGAUCAUAUGCAUCCUUGGACUAUGGUGGCUCCGUAGCCCUCCGAGCCCACUGCCGAGCCAGUCGCAUCCUACGGCCAUCACGCGGCGGAUUGUAGCUGUUGCUGACCUGCAUGGCGACUACGAUCAUGCCUUGUCGGUCCUCAAGAUGGCGGGCGUCAUUGAGGAGUCGGCGAGUAGACGGACAGCCCCAAAGUGGCUCGAUGGGUCGGGUCAGACUGUGCUUGUUUCAACGGGCGAUCUAGUGGACAGAGGAGACGACACACAGCUCCUGUACCAGCUCUUUGACACGCUGAGAUCUCAAGCUCCGAGUAAGGAGCAUGUGCGCAAUUGCAUCGGCAAUCACGAAAUGAUGAACGCCCUCAGCGACUGGCGGUACGUCACUCGAGGGGACAUCGACACCUUCCCCGGCGGGGUGGCCGGGCGUCGUCAGGCCAUGAGCACCUCAGGCUGGAUUGGGCAGACAUGGCUAGCCAACUAUUCCCUUUCCCACACCAUCGAUCUCCUACCACACGAGGAGAUUCGCCAAGCGCAGCUGCGUCGCGGCCUCACCUCCUCUUACCUUGUUCCGCAAGCCAAUUUCGUGCACGGAGGUAUUCACCCUACUUUUGCGGAAGCCUCGUUGGCCAAGCUGAACGAGAUUGCUCACUCGCUGCUACAUCGAGCGCUGCAACGUCAAGCUGGCCCCGCCUCGGCGAGCAGCGACCUCUUUCCACCAAAUACGCCAGACGAGGAGCGUCGCCUCUACUCCGAGAUGGGCCCACUCUGGUAUCGAGGCUACGCAACGGAUGCAGACGAGGGACGUGUCUGCUCAACCGCUAAGCAGGCUCGACGUUUCCUCGCCCAAGACCAGCCAGAUGUCUCUGUCGACUACCUUGUUAUGGGUCACACGCCGCAUCUCGAGGGGUUCGUGCAUCGCUGCGAGCCUCCUAGCGUGCACCUCAUCGAUACAGGUAUCAGCAGGGCGUACGGAGGAGCGCAGUCUGCCUUGGUGUUUGAGACGACGUUGACUGAGGGCAAAACGAAGGAUGAAUGGACGGAGGAGAGGAGAUUGGUGGCCUUGUAUCGCGGCCGGAAGCCGAAGGUCGUCUACGAGAGGACGAGGAAGGUCUAA